UAUCCAUCCACCAUUUUGUGUCAACAUUUUUUUUGUUUCAUUCCAUCUUCUUACAAACACCUGUGGGUUAUUUGUAUGAUGCACGUGUCGCACGUUGGCUGAAGUCAAGCUCACUCUUCAAUACUGAAUCCCACCCCCACUGGCCCCUCCCACCAUCAUGUUAUCAGUAUUUGCAGGGUGACCCUUGGGAACGCCCAAUCAGACGUUUCAUAAAGCGAUAAGAAAGGCGUUCUUCGACUGCUUCUUUGCAAGGCAAAAUUGAAAGUAGAUGUGCUGCUGUGAAAGUGGUAAAGAAUAAUUAAACAUGCAUCUUAUAAACUGCGUCUUUCUGCUGCACCUGAUGCUCGGGAGUGUGACGGGAGAGUGUGACAGGUCGCCCGACUGCGAGGUUCUCUACGAUAGAAGCAUCACCGAAAUCCCCGCCACCCAGAAAGCUGGCAUCACCCGGGUUUAUUUCGUGGGCAGCCAGAUUUCCACCAUCCCCGACCGAGCCUUCAUCAACAGUCCGCAGCUGGAGAUUCUGGACUUCCUCGAAAUGCCCAUCGUGUCCGUCGAAACGCACGCCUUCCAAGGUUUGGACAGGCUGAAGUCAAUCGAAAUUUCCACUACGAAUCUGACGUCGUUGCCCCUGGGCGUGUUUCAGAACCUGCCGAGCCUCGAGAAGCUGGUUCUCAAAAUCAACAGAAUCCAGAAGCUUGAGAAGGGACUGUUUGAUGGCCUGAUGCUGAAAGAGCUCCAUCUUCACAUGAAUGAAAUCGCCUCGAUCGACGAGGGAAUUUUCGAUCAGCUUGAAAACCUCACAUUGCUCCACCUGGCAAAGAAUAAAAUCUCCUCCGUCUCCACGGCACUGUUCGCAAAACUCAGUAAAUUGCAGAGACUCAGACUCUACGAGAAUGGCAUCAGUGCCAUUCCUCCUGGGAUCUUCGAUGAUCUACCGGAUCUGAAAGAAAUCGCCUUACAGGGCAACAAGAUAACAGAGAUACCACCGCAUUUAUUUUCAAAAAAUACCAAUUUGGAAACAUUAUAUUUAGAUAAUAAUUUUUUGUCUGAAUUGCCUUCUGAAAUUUUUGUGGGACUUCCUAACAUAAGAUUUUUGACCCUUCAGCAGAAUCAAAUAGCCAGCCUACCUCCCGUGCUCUUUGGCGAAAUGCUUAGACUGUCCAACCUGAAUCUCAACGGGAACAAUCUCACUGUCCUUCCUGCGGGAGUAUUCAGUCCCUUAAAAAAACUCAGCAAGCUUGACUUAUCGCAAAACAAGUUUACCACUUUGUCCGAGGAGUAUUUUGAAGGUCUUGUGAGACUUGAAGACUUGAAUCUACAGAAAAAACAUGAUUGAGUCAUUAAAACCGAAAAGCUUUGAACAACUGACAGAGCUGAAAACCUCCGGCUGGCACAUAACAAACUGAGAACUCUUCCUGAAGGGAUAUUUGACUCUUUACCAAAACUUAGCAAGGUAUAUCUGAACAACAACCCCUGGCACUGUGACUGCAGGCUGAUAUCGUUCUUUAAGUGGAUGAAAGCGAACACAAAAAAGAUCAAGUCCUCCUCGCCAGAGACUUGUGAAUCUCCUGAAAGUCUAAAAGGACAAGAAGUCAUGUCUCUCAAAGAAGAUGAGCUGAUAUGCCCAACCACUCCUGCAAUCGCCACUACUGUGCCUCUCACCACAACAACCAGCACUACUGUUGCCAUGACAACAGAAUUACCUACAACAACCGUCCACAUGACCACACUCCCCACCACCCAACCAACAACCGCCUUGCACACCACCACUACUCCGUCAACCCAGACACCUACCACCAAAAGAAUAACCACAGAGCCCACAACUGCACCAACCACUAUGUUGACAACCACAGUAGCUAUGACAACUGCUCCCACCACUAUGUUGACAACCACAGAGGCAACCACAGUAGCUAUGACAACUGCGCCCACCACAAUGUUGACAACCACAGUAGCUAUGACAACUGUGCCCACCACUAUGUCCACAACCACAGUGCCCACCACAGUAGCUAUGACAACUGCACCCACAACUAUGUUGACAACCACAGUGCCAACCACAGUAGCUAUGACAACUGCGCCCACCACAAUGUUGACAACCACAGUGCCAACCACAGUAGCUAUGACAACUGUGCCCACCAAUAUGUCCACAACCACAGUGCCCACCACAGUAGCUAUGACCACUGCACCUACCACUAUGUUGACAACCACAGUGCCCACCACAGUAGCCAUGACAACUGUGCCUACAACCACCGCCUUGGCAACUACUCCGACAACCACAACCUUGAUCACAACCCUUGCCCCAACGACUACAGCUUCCACCUCUGCUCUCUUAACAACAGCCACUACCACCGUGAGCACAGCCCUCACGACAACCGCUCCCCCUACCACAGCCCUCCUGACAACAUCCGCACCGGUCACCAGCACAGAGAGGACUACAUUUCCCACGAUGCCGAUGGAGUUCUAUUGCCCCGUGACUUCCUCCUCCGCUCGUCGUUCCGCCUACAGUUCUGAAAGGGAGAGCUGCGGGGCGCUGCUCGUCUCUUACGCGGCGAUGGUCGCGUUGGAGCUGUGCUGCACCGUGGUCCUCGCCCGGUUCACCUACACGCUGUACUGCUCGCUUCAGCACGGAGAGAGGCUCUACACCAGAGUCAACCUCACGCGCUUCUCCUACAGGAAGGAAGUCAUUUUACGGCCUGUGUCUCACGCUGAGACGGAAGCCUUGUGAAUCUCGCGCUGCAGGAAUAUGAAUCUCAAGUGUUACGGACUGACCAAACCUGGUAUGAGACCAGAGGUAGCCUAGCGUAUGCGCACCUUUUCAAUAUCAAGCUCUUUACUUUCACUGAUGCAAAAAGGUGAGCAUUAAAGCUGCUGUCGGCAGCGCUCCCAACAGCUGCAAUAUGGUGAAGCAGCUCUUUCUAUGAUUGCUGCCAAUUGAGCAUGACCAUUCCCCACUAUCUUAAAAAAAAGUUUUAUUAACAAUAAAUUAGUAAUAACUAUGGUAUUACUGUCUAAUUAUAUGUG